AUGGCUUUGACUGCGUCUAUUGUGGCUGCCGCUGCCCUCGGCUUGAUCACAGUCUACUUCGUCAGAUGGCUUGUCACAAAACCAUCACUGCCGCUGCCUCCUGGGCCUCCCGCGCUGCCAGUAAUUGGAAAUGUUCAUCAAGUGCCAAAAGCCUUUGCCUGGAGACAAUUUGCGGAAUGGAGAAAGCAAUACGGGUCCAUCUAUCACCUCAACGUGUUUGGACAACAUGUCAUUGUCCUCACUACCUCUCAGGCAGCUCACGAUCUUUUGGCCAAGAGGGGAGCUACUUUCUCCGAUAGACCGAAGAUGUUUGUAGCCCAGGAGCUCGCGCUCAAGAAUAUGAAUGUACUCUUGAUGGACUACGAUGAGCGUUUCAAGGUGCGCCAGAGACUGGAAGCGACAGUUCUGGGCCAGAACGCAUCAUCUAAGUACCUCGAAUUCCAGUCUAUCGAGUCAAAGCAAUUGAUGUACGAUCUACUCAUGAAUGCAGGUGGGAAGGGAACAAAUGUGCACGGCUUCCUCGAGAGAACCACCGCCAGCACCAUCUUUGCUUUAUUCUAUGGGUUCCGUAUCAAGGACGCAGAAGCACCAGAGCUUGUCAACGCUAUGCAGCUUGACGACGAAUUUUCCGAGUUUGUCCAGCUUGGCGCGUUCCUGGUAGACACCUUCCCAGCGCUCAAUAUUCUACCUGGUCCUCUUGCCCCAUGGAAAGCCAAAGCGGAGGCUCAUCACCAACGGCAGCGUAAACUCCACAUCGGUAAUCUCAACCGGGGCCUCAAGGCGCCCGGGUGGACUUUCACCAAGCAGCUUCAUCAGACUGUACAGGAAGAGAACCUGCCGAUAUCGUUCGAUGAGCUUGCCUUUGAGUUCGGCACCUUGGUUGAUGCUUCGCUGGACGGGACUGUGGAAACGUUGAACUGGUUUAUCAUUGCUAUCAUCACACAAGACAACGGUUUUGUAGCCAGGGCUAGACAGGAACUCGACAGGGUGGUGGGUCGUAACCGGCUGCCAACCCUCGAUGAUCAGCCUCAUCUGCCCUACGUUAGUGCCUUAUUGGAGGAAGUUCUUCGUUGGAGGGCAGUAGGAGCAGGCGGCGUUCCUCACUUUACAAAGGUCGAAAGCGAGUACCAGGGCUUCAGGAUUCCCGCAAACUCCGUCGUGGUCGCCAACCACUGGGCUGUCACGCGCGAGGAGGCCGUCUUUGGCCCCAAUACCGACUCUUUUGUUCCCGAGCGCUGGAUGGACGGUGAUAAGCUAAAGAUCCUACCAGUUGCUGGAUUUGGGUACGGUAGACGAACCUGCCCUGGAAGAUUCUUUGCUCGAAACAUGAUAUGGGUUUCCAUGGCUCGCCUCCUCUGGGCCUUUGACAUCACAGCUGGACGAUCGGAGGAUGGAGAGUUAACAGUUGUUGACGCAGACGGUUGCACCGACGGCCUGGUGAUGAGGGCUUUGCCGUACAAAGCCUCCUUUGAGCCGCGGGACGAGAACGCGCGGGAGGUUAUAAUGAAAGAUGGCGAUACUUACGGCGAGGAUCUUCCUGCUAUUCUCAGCAAGAUUGGCGAGCAACUGAAUAAGAAGAAAUAA